UUGCGUUUUUUACAUGUGAAAGUGUGCGGGUAUCUCACAUCUGUACCGGCUGAGUUGUCGCUCGCGUGGAUACCGCGAGGAGCGUGAAGCAGCGGACGCGUGAUGGUUUGGAUGGACUAGCGCGGGAAGUGCGAGACUAGGAGAAGCUCGCGUUUUAAACUCUCCGUCGACUCGGGAUCAACGACAACAUCUUCUCCAGCCCUCUCUGACCCGCCUCCCUCUGCCUCUCUCUCUCUCUCUCUCUCUCUCUCUCUCUCUCUCACACACACACACACACACACACUCAUGCACGGCUGGAUGUUGUGUCGUUUGGCUACGUGAGGUGCCAAGAAUCGCCUUCGGAUGUCCAGUGACCGUGUGUGUGUGUGCGUGUCAGUGAUGGACCUGAAGGAGGGCUGUGGAAGCGAGGCCAGCCGUGAGACCGAGAGCGGAGGCAUGGGAAGCCUGGGAAGCCCCACGUCUUGGCAGUCCUUCGCCCAUCGAAGCACCCUGCACGGUUUACGCUUCAUCUUCCCCUACUCUUCCUCCUCCUCUUACCGCUCCACUUCACGCCGUCUGCUCUGGAGCGCGGCCUUGCUGGCCAGCCUGGUGCUACUUGUCCUGGAGAGCACCGAACGGCUGGCUUACUUCCUCUCCUACCCCCACGUCACGAGUGUGGAUGCUGUGGUUUCUGGCAGCCUAGUCUUUCCCGCUGUCACCGUCUGUAAUCUGAACGCCUACCGUUUCACGCGUCUCAUGCAGAAUGACCUCUACCACGCUGGGGAACUGUUGGCCCUGCUGGACGUGCAUCUGCAGAUCCCUGAGCCGCACCUGGCCGAGCCCCACGUGCUGGCCUUUCUCACAGAGAAAUCCAACUUCACUAACUACCGGCCCAAGCCUUUCAGCAUGCGGGAGUUCACUGAACGAGUGGGCCACGACCUGAAAGAGAUGAUGCUCUACUGCCGUUUCCAGGGCCAGGAGUGCAGCCACCAGGACUUCAAAACGGUGAGUUUCUGCAAGGUGUUUCUUUUAUAAAGUAUUUUUCGAGGCUCGCUAGACCUGGAAAAAAAUGUGUUCUGCUGUUGUGGACUAAAGCAUUAUGGGCUCAGUGCUGUUAGCUCUAAAGAUUAUCCUUGUCGUUCAGCUGUUUCAAAGGUUUGUAAAAAAAUGAUGAUAUUGAUUCUUGCUGAUGGUGUGGUUCUGGAUGCUAAGCUGUGGAGUGAAGAGUUUUACUACUCUAUUAAGCUAAUCUUUCACUUUUCACUCUAUACGUGCAGAUUUUUUCAUCUUAACUGUGAUUCUGUGCUUAUGUUAUGUGAUGGGCUUAUUGAUAGUUUGUUGAGUGUCUAGGAUUCAUUGCAUCUCUUUCCAAAACG